CAUAAAUAUAUGAACAAGUGUAAUCAAAUCCUUUUUUUGUUGCUAUCAAAAACGACAUUCACUAUCGACCGAGCAUGAAACCGAUACUGAGGCUGUCCAUUCGAAGAGACCGAGAUUAGCGAGUGAUGCGAUCUGAUAUUUCAUGACAUUCUAGCAGCGGCGUGAGUAGGAAAUGCCGCAGCAACCCAGGCCUGUGUGAUGAAUGAAAACAGCGAAUGAAUGAAAAGCAAGAGACAAUUGUGUAGUUUGUUUGCGUUUUUUUCAUGGGUUACCACAGACAUGUGUUUGUGUUUAGUUGUUUUUCUUUUUGCAAAACUGUAAUGGCAGCAUAGGAUGGUGGAGACGCGAAACACUUUCGAUAGACAGUCAGUCACUAUUUGAUGACAUCAGGGGACAUGUUGAUGUGCAGUCUGUCCCAUGAGUGAGCCACCAUGACUGCCCUUAGGCAGAGGAAGGGCAGCAAAGGAAGUAAGGAGGCUGGUCCAGAGGUCCUGAACCAGAGGUUCUACCCUUCAGCAGAGCCCCUAUCGAGGACUUCAGACGGCGUAUGGACAUGGAGGACAGUGCUAUGGGUUGCCAUAGGUUGGAUUGUGGGCAUUAGUCUUGGCAUGCUGUGCUGCAUCUACGUGGCUACGCUCCAUGAAAAUGACCUGUGGUUUUCCAACAUCAAGGAAGUUGAGCGUGAAAUCUCCUUUCGGACCGAAUGUGGCCUGUACUACUCGUACUAUAAACAGAUGUUGAGAGCUCCCUCCAUACAGCAAGGUCUUUCAGAGCUCAUCAAUGAUAAUGCCACUGAAUCCAAGAGAACCAUCAACCUCCUGCGACGCAUGAACAUCUAUCAGGAGGUGUUCCUAGGUGUUCUCUAUAGGAUUCUACCCAUACAGGCCUACCUGGAGCCAGUGUAUUUCUAUAUCUACACAGUGUUUUCCCUCCAAGCGGUGUAUGUCAUAGCCCUAUUCAUCACCAGCUGGCUGCUCAGUGGUUCCUGGCUAGCAGGGGCUCUCACUGGAGUCUGGUACAUCCUCAACAGAGUGGACACAACGCGGGUGGAGUUCACCAUCUCUCUCAGGGAGAACUGGUCCCUGCCCUUCUUCGCUCUCCAGAUAGCUGCCAUCACUUGCUACCUGAGGCCUCACCUCAAACCCAUCCAGCAGAAGGUGGUGUUGUGGCUGAUGUUCCUGGCCACGUUGUGUUUCUGCCUCACCUGGCAGUUUAAUCAGUUCAUCCUGCUGGUUCAGGCUCUCAUCAUCUUCACCCUGGACUGUCUGGACCUCAUCUCCACAGAACAGGUGACCUGCCUGUACCUAGUCCAGGUAAGCAGCCUGCUGUGCGUGUGGCUGCUGCAGUUCUGUAACUCCAUGAUCCUGGGCUCUCUGGCUCUCAGCUUCAUUGUGGCCGCUCUCUUUGUCAAGCACUUCCAGAGAGGGCUGAAGACAGGAGGUGUCGCAGCACGGCUGGGAAAGCUGCUCCUUCACACCGUCCUCGUCCUCGCACUGACAUUCACUAUUCAUUAUUUAGCCAAGCAAGCGUUGCAGGUCCGAUCGGAUGAACACAUCUUUAAAUUCAUAAAGUCCAAAUUUGGCUUGGGGCCUACCAGAGAUUUUGAUGCCAGUCUUUACCUGUGUGAGGAAGCCUUUGGGCUGCUUCCCUUGGACACGUUUGACCGCUUGGCUGGCACUCUGCUGGCAUACCCUUACCUCGUCACCCUGAUUGUGCUCCUGGUGAUGCUGGCGCUGGUAACACUGGCCAACCUCUGUGAUUCUUCAGCGGUCGGGCGUCCGCUGAAAGGCCGGGUCGAGGAGCGGCCGAUUUGUAUGCGGGCAGAUGUCGCCUACAAUCUGUUACACACCGUCUUCUUCGGCCUCCUGGCGCUCAGCACCAUGAGAAUGAAAUAUCUGUGGACUGGCCAUAUGUGUGCCUUUGCUGCCUAUGGCGUGUGUGGCAAGGAGCUGUGGUCCCUCUGCCUGAACAUGAUCCACUGUAACACUAAAACAAAGCUGAGGCUGAUCAGGUACACGGUUCCACUUGCCAUUCUGGGAUUCCUAUAUUACAAGUUCUGGCCCAAACUGAUGACGGAAGUAUCAGAACUGAGAGAAUUCUACGACCCUGACACUGUUGAGCUGAUGACCUGGAUUAGCUCAAAGACCCCCAAGAAGGCAGUGUUUGCUGGGAGCAUGCAGCUGCUGGCUGGGAUCAAACUGUGCACAGGGAGAGUCCUGACUAACCACCCACACUAUGAAGACCGAGCCCUGAGAGAGAGGACCAGACAGGUGUAUCAGAUCUACGCCCAGCAAUCCCCGGAGGAGGUCCACAGGAUCCUGCGCGUGGCGGGGGCUGAUUUCGUGGUGAUGGAGGACAGCAUCUGCUACGAGAGGAGGCAUGGCCGGGGCUGCAGGCUCCGAGACCUGCUGGACCUGGCCAACGGACACAUCAUGGAUGGCCCUGGGGACAACGACCCAGACUUGGUCCACGCCUCCCAUCCUCGCUUCUGUGAGUCCGUCAAGACAGACGGCCCUGCCUACACAGCCCUCUUCACCCGCGUGUUCCAAAGCAAGACCUUCCACGUCUACAAGCUGAAGAAGGGCAAGAAGAGAGCCAAGGCAGACAGCGAGCCGGUGGCCAUGGAGGAUAAAACCCAGUAAUAAGACCCUGGGGACCUCAUAAACAACGCCCCAUACCCCAUAAACAACACCCCACCCAUAUCCAGCCCGCCCGCCCAGUCUCCGACUCAGCCUCCGGCUCCCUGCCAAGUCGAUAACCCGAUGACUUCUCUGUGCUCCCUGCUCUCUGGUCUACCCGAGUUCAUCUGGAACCAUGGCUGCACUCUCCCACCCGCCGCCCUCCCUCCUUCCAUCCCGCCGUGCGCCACGGCGGCCAGAGGCAGGUGAUCACGUCCGGCUGACACGGCGCUGAUUUGAGCAGCGUCUGAUUGCGGCGGGCGAGCAGAUGAGCACAUGCAUAUCAAACCAGGGCUUUGUGUCAGGAAGCUCAUGUUUAAACAGGAGAGGAGGGAUGACGGCGCAUCACAACAUCAUUCAGGGCUCCCCGCUCGCUUUCACCCAGACUAAAGGCAAAGCAGAGGAGAGGAGAGAGACCUUUGAGAGGGAGCUGAUUGAAAGAUAGAGCAGCGGGGGUAAUUAUUGCGAAGGCUAGUCUGGUCUCUUUGGUGGCUGGGUCUGCAGCCUGACUGCACAGCUGCACCCUGUGCCAUUUUUUUCCCCUUCUUUUUUUAAAAACCGUGCCAUGUCUCGUCUCCACUCGUUAAUGAGGAUUCCUCUUUCGAUACUCUCUCCCUCAAACGCAAAGCUCUGCAUACGUUGUCAGUUGCGGUGCAUCAAGGGGAAGUGGCAUUCUCAUUGUAAUGCAUAACAGUCAUAUCACUGUGAAGAGGAUUUGCUUGUUUAUUCCGUUGCAUUGAAAUUGGAUGUUUAAUUUAGUAGUUGGCUGACAGAUUUUUUUUGACGAGGGAGAAGUCAUUUCAUUGUGUUUUCCUAAUAAGUGCAUACUAAUGUAAUGUUGUUGAGCAUUGACAUAGUUCGUUUUCAUAUUUAUUAAUAAUUCAGUUUAGAUGCGUCGGUCAUUUUAAGCAACAGUAUUUUAAUGGAAAUUAAAUGAGAAAAUGUUUAACUGUGUGUAUUCCCUCAAAACUCAACACCCCAGAAUCAUACAGUAUUCUGGAGAAGGACUGCACUGUGGGUAAACCAUGACCACUGGUCAAUGUUGAAUUAGGUGAAUGGUUAACAUAUUCAUGGUCACUGGUCUAUGUAUGACUGGCUAAAAUACAAAUUCAAGUAUUUCGAUUUAUUUCACAUGUUGGUGCAUUACAAAAUGGGAUUGAAAUAGAUUUAAUUGUCAUUUUCUGUCAUUGAUUUACAUUUAUUUAUACGGAUUUAAUACAAAUUAAAUAACUAAAAUAUAGUUGUUGCAUAAGUAUUCACCCCCCUUUGUUUAGGCAAGCCUAAAUUAGUUCAGGAGUAACAUUUGGCUUAACAAAUCACUUAAGUUACAUGGACUCACACUGUAUGAAUUAAUAGUAGUUGACAUGCUUUUUAAUGACUACCCCUUCCUCUGUCCCCCGUACAUACAACAGUUGUAAGGUCACUCAGUCAACUAUUGAAUUUCAAGCACCGAUUCAACUACAAAGACCAGAGGGAGGACUACGAAGCAAGCUACAGUGUAUCUACUCAGGGUUUUCUAAAGCUAGCCAGCUUCAGUUACUUUCCCAUUCCAGCUCAGGCUUCCAUCCGUGCUACGAUGGGGGGAUAUUGCUCGUCCGUCUGCCGUAAACUCUAGCAGGCUUAUAACUGCGUUUGUAUGUCGCACGUGGCUAGUCAAAUACCAGACUUUUCAUUGGGACAAUUCUGAAACAUCAAUCCAUGGGAAAGUCAGUGCCACAUUUUUCAUUUGUGCACAAAUCAAAAGUAAAGAAAAUAGCAAAUUCAGCAGGCUUUCGUAUGAAAUAGACUUUCAGAAGUGCUGUCUUUAUUUUAUUACUUGGGUGUGGUUAUCAACACACAAAUACCUUUUCCCCCACUCCUAUUGGUCAAAUAAUUGUAUUAAGUCAUACAAAUGUUUUACUGUGCGUGAAGUUUCAGAUGCAUUUGUCAUUACAAAAUAUGUCAUGUGAUAGGUAUUUUAACAUGGUCACACUUUAUUUGGAUAGUCCAGAUAGGCCCAUCUGUAGAUGCUCUACAGAUGGUUAUACUGUCAAUAUGCUAUCAAGGUCAUACUAUCUGUUGUUAAGCAACUGUGGUUACGGUUAGGGUUAUGCUACGGUUAGGGUUAUGCUACGGUUAGGGUUAUGCUACGGUUAGGGUUAUGCUACGGUUAGGGUUAUGCUACGGUUAGGGUUAUGCUACGGUUAGGGUUAUGCUACGGUUAGGGGUUAUGCUACGGUUAGGGGUUAUGCUACGGUUAGGGUAAUGCUACGGUUAGGGUUAUGCUACGGUUAGGGGUUAUGCUACGGUUAGGGGUUAUGCUACGGUUAGGGGUUAUGCUACGGUUAGGGUUAUGCUACGGUUAGGGUUAUGCUACGGUUAGGGGUUAUGCUACGGUUAGGGGUUAUGCUACGGUUAGGGGUUAUGCUACGGUUAGGGGUUAUGCUACGGUUAGGGGUUAUGCUACGGUUAGGGGUUAUGCUACGGUUAGGGGUUAUGCUACGGUUAGGGGUUAUGCUACGGUUAGGGGUUAUGCUACGGUUAGGGGUUAUGCUACGGUUAGGGUUAUGCUACGGUUAGGGUUAUAUUUAGAAUAAGGGGCAGGGGUAGUAGAUAGUUGAAAUGUUCCAGCUGCUCUACAGACUAUACCCCCCACCCCCCACCCCAAAAAAUACGAACACAAAAAAAACAUUUAUUCCAAAACUAUAGUAAUACUGCAACAACAACAAAACACGGCAAAGGAAUACACUUUCUGGCCUAAAUGCAAAGCCUUAUGUUUGAGGCAAAUCCAACACAAAGCAUCACUGAGUAACUGUACGGUAUCCUUAUUUUCAUCAUGGUAUGGUUAUGCUUGACAUCGGCAGAGACUGGGGAGUUUUUCAGGAUAAAAAGAAAUGGGAUGGAGCUAAGCACACGCAAAAUCCUAGAGGACUUUGCACCAGAUACUGGGAGAGGAAUUCACCUUUCAGCAGGACAAUAACCUACAGUUUUGGACAAAAGUUUUGAGAAUGACACAAAUAUACAUUUUCACAAGGUCUGCUGCCUCAGUGUCUUUAGAUAUUUUUGUCAGAUGUUAUUAUGGAAUACAUGUAUUAUGGAAUACAUGGGAUACAAGUAUAAUUACAAGCAUUUCAUAAGUGUCAAAGGCUUUUAUUGACAAUUACAUGAAGUUGAUGCAAAGAGUCAAUAUUUGCAGUAUUGACACUUCUUUUUCAAGACCUCUGCAAUCCGCCCUGGCAUGCUAUCAAUUAACUUCUGGGUCACAUCCUGACUGAUGGCAGCCCAUUCUUGCAUAAUCAAUGCUUGGAGUUUGUCAGAAUUUGUGGGUUUUUGUUUGUCCACCUGCCUCUUGAGGAUUGACCACAAGUUCUCAAUGGGAAUAAGGUCUGGGGAGUUUCCUGGCCAUGGACCCAAAAUAUCGAUGUUUUGUUCCCCGAGCCACUUAGUUAUCACUUUUGGCAUGGUGCUCCAUUAUGGUGGAAAAGGCAUUGUUCGUCACCAAACUGUUCCUGUAUGGUUAGGAGAAGUUGCUCUCGGAGGAUGUGCUGGUACCAUUCUUUAUUCAUGGCUGUGUUCUUAGGCAAAAUUGUGAGUGAUCCCACUCCCUUGGCUGAGAAGCAACCCCACACAUGAAUGGUCUCAGGAUGCUUUACUGUUGGCAUAACACAGGACUGAUGGUAGCGCUCACCUUGUUUUCUCUGGACAAGUUUUUUUCCCAGAUGCCCCAAACAAUCGGAAAGGAGAUUCAUCAGAGAAAAUGACUUUACCCCAGUCCUCAGCAGUCCAAUCCCUGUACCUUUUGCAGAAUAUCAGUCUGUCCCAGAGAGAAGUGGCUUCUUUGCUGCCCUUCUUGACACCAGCCCAUCCUCCAAAAGUCUUCGCCUCACAUGCACUCACACCAGCCUGCUGACAUUUCUGAGCAAGCUCUGUACUGGUGGUGCCCCGAUACCGCAGCUGAAUCAACUUUAGGAGACGUCCUGGCGCUUGCUGGACUUUCUUGGACGCCCUGAAGCCUUCUUCACAACAAUUGAACCGCUCUCCUUGAAGUUCUUGAUGAUCCGAUAAAUGAUUGAUUUAGGUGCAAUCUAACUGUCAGCAAUAUCCUUGCCUGUGAAGCCCUUUUUGUGCAAGGCAAUGAUGACGGGACGUGUUUCCUUGUAGGUAACCAUGGUUUUUUAUUUUUUCGUUAUUUUACCAGGUAAGUUGACUGAGAACACAUUCUCAUUUGCAGCAACGACCUGGGGAAUAGUUACAGGGGAGAGGAGGGGGAUGAAUGAGCCAAUUGUAAACUGGGGAUUAUUAGGUGACCAUGAUGGUUUGAGGGCCAGAUUGGGAAUUUAGCCAGGACACCGGGGUUAACACCUACUCUUACGAUAAGUGCCAUGGGAUCUUUAAUGACCUCAGAGAGUCAGGACACCCGUUUAACGUCCCAUCCGAAAGACUGCACCCUACACAGGGCAGUGUCACCAAUCACUGCCCUCCGGCAUUGGGAUAUUUUUUUUUUUUAGACCAGAGGAAAGAGUGCCUCCUACUGGCCCUCCAACACCACUUCCAGCAGCAUCUGGUCUCCCAUCCAGGGCCUGACCAGGACCAACCCUGCUUAGCUUCAGAAGCAAGCCAGUAGUGGUAUGCAGGGUGGUAUGCUGCUGGCUGACAAAGGAAGAGCAAUGAUUCCAAGCACCACCCUCAUUUUGAAGCUUCCAGUCUGUUAUUCGAACUCAAUCAGCAUGACAGAGUGAUCUCCAGCCUUGUCCUCAUCGACACUCACACCUGUGUUAACGAGAAAAUCACUGACAUGAUGUCAGCUGUUCCCUUUUGUGGCAGUGCUGAAAUGCAGUGGAAAUGUUUUUUGGGGAUUCAGUUAAUUUGCAUGGCAAAGAGGGACUUUGCAAUUAAUUGCAACUCAUCUGAUCACUCUUCAUAACAUUCUGGAGUAUAUGCAAGUUGUCAUCAUACAAACUGAGGCAGCAGACUUUGUGAAAAUGAAUGUGUCAUUCUGAAAACUUUUGGCCACGACUGUACAACGUAAGGCCAAAUCUACACUGGAGUUGCUUACCAAGAAGAUAGUAAAUGUUCUUGAGUGGCCAAGUUACAGUUUUGGCUUAAAUCUGCUUGAAAAUCUAUGGCAAGACUUGAAAAUUGCUGUCUAGCCAUGAUCCCCAAAACCUUGACAGAUUUUUAAAGAAUUUAGAAAAGAAUAAUGGACAAAAAUUGAGGUGUGCAAAGCUCUUGGAUAAGACCAAUCGCUGCCAAAGGUGUUUCAAACAUGUAUUGACUCAGGGGGGUGAAUACUUAUCUAAUCCAGGUAAAUUCAUGUUUUAUUUUCCAUUCAUCAAAAAAAAUAUAUAUAUAUAUAUAUAUAUAUUAUUACACUUUGACAUUACAGUAUUUUGUGUAGAUGAAAAUGAAAUCCAUUUGAAUCCCGCUUUGUAACACAAUAAAAUUUGAAGAAAUCCAAGGGGGGAUGAAUACUUAUGAUAGGCACUGUAGUCUAAAUCCGGAUGUAGACAAAUUCAGACUUAACAGGGUAAUGUCAAAUUAUUGCAUCAUGUUAUUGUUUAAAGAUUGAACACCUUGAGUAUGAAAGUGCCUUCAACAUUGUCCAUUUAAUCUCUGUGUUGAUGUAAAAUGUGUCUAAUGUUAUUGAACCUAACAGUUGCUUGCAGUGCUGAAAAAAUGAAAUUCUAAAUUGUACACGUGUCCCUGUUCAUAGUUGUAUUUUGCAUGAUUUAAGCUUUGUCAAAACUUGAAACUUUACAGAGGAAAAUCUUACGGGGUGGUGGGGGUGGGGGGGUUAAAUAUCAAAUAAACAUAAUUUCGGAGAUUGUUUACAUGAAUGUUUCCAAUAUUCUGUCGACCUCAUCAGAUUUUGUACCAUCUGAAAAUCAGUUCAAGUCAUGAUGACAAUUUUCUACGGGCCAGUCUUCUUCAUUACUUAACACUGUGUUUAAUCUAGAAGACUCUGCUAAUCUGGUGAUUGUGAUAUUUCCUCUCCUAUUGUUCUGUGUCUGUCUGUUCACCCAGUAAAUGGGUUGGUCCUGUUUGACAUGCCUGUGGAGAAAUUGCACUAGUUGGUGUGGCAUAUCAUGUUUUAUGUUGUUUCAUCUUCCUUGUGAAUGCAGUUUACCGUUGAUCAGUGUUCCAUGUUCUUAUCGAAAGGGACUUAGUUUCCUCUGUUGCUUUGUAUAAAACUUUUUUUCUUCA